GAGGUUGUGUUAGUCGGGGGUGGCGUUAGCGGCCUCUCUGCUUCGCGGGGAACGGAGCGAGGCCGUCCCGCAGCUGCCUCCCCGAGAGGUUCAGACCAGACCGGACGGUGGGAUACGGGCCUGAUCCAGGCCGGCAGCGCGGAGGUGCCGCAGCCGCCGCAGUGGCAGCGGCCGCGGUGGAGAGGCGGUGGUGAAAGCGAGCCUUUGGUCAGCCCGUGGGUGCAAGGGGUAAUGUAAGCAUUUUAGAUAGACAAGAGAAAGGAAACAGGCAUGUCAGCUCUUUGUCCACCACCAUCUCCUGCAGUUGCUAAGACUGAAAUCUCUUUGAAUGGCGAGUCACCAUUAUUAGCUGCCACUUUUGCUUACUGGGACAACAUUCUUGGCCCCCGAGUGCGGCACAUUUGGGCUCCAAAGACAGAGCAGGUACUUCUUAGUGACGGUGAAAUAACUUUUCUUGCUAACCACACCCUGAAUGGAGAAAUACUUCGGAAUGCAGAAAGUGGCGCAAUAGAUGUGAAGUUCUUUGUUUUGGCUGAAAAAAGAGUAAUCAUUGUGUCAUUAAUCUUUGAUGGAAACUGGAACGGAGACAGAAGCACAUAUGGACUGUCAAUUAUACUUCCUCAAAGUGAACUUGGUUUCUACCUGCCCCUUCACAGAGUAUGUGUGGAUAGGUUAACACAUAUUAUAAGGAAAGGAAGGAUAUGGAUGCAUAAGGAGAGGCAAGAACAUUUCCAGAAGAUUGUCUUGGAAGGCACAGAAAGAAUGGAGGAUCAGGGGCAGAGCAUCAUUCCAAUGCUGACAGGAGAAGUCAUUCCUGUAAUGGAACUUCUUUCAUCUAUGAAAUCACACAGUGUUCCAGAAGAAAUAGAUAUAAGUGACACAGUGCUAAAUGAUGAUGACAUUGGGGAUAGUUGCCAUGAAGGCUUUCUCCUCAAUGCAAUUAGUUCACACCUGCAGACCUGUGGUUGUUCUGUAGUUGUAGGAAGCAGUGCAGAAAAAGUUAAUAAGAUUGUAAGAACAUUGUGUCUGUUUCUCACACCAUCUGAGCGGAAGUGUUCCAGACUCUGUAGAAGUGAGUCCUCUUUCAAAUAUGAGUCAGGACUUUUUGUUCAAGGCUUACUCAAAGAUGCAACAGGAAGCUUUGUGUUGCCCUUCCGUCAAGUAAUGUAUGCCCCAUACCCUACUACCCAUAUAGAUGUGGAUGUCAAUACAGUGAAGCAGAUGCCCCCUUGCCAUGAACACAUCUAUAACCAAAGACGAUACAUGAGAUCUGAACUGACAGCAUUUUGGAGGGCUAAUUCAGAUGAAGAAAUGUCUCAAGAUCAUAUUAUCCACACAGAUGAGAGUUUCACACCUGAUUUAAAUGUCUUUCAAGAUAUUGUACAUAGAGAUACAUUAGUAAAAGCCUUCCUGGAUCAGAUUUUUCACCUGAAGCCUGGCUUGUCUCUAAGGAGUACGUUCCUUGCACAAUUUCUGCUAAUCCUUCACAGAAAAGCCUUAACUUUAAUAAAGUACAUAGAAGAUGACACGCAAAAAGGCAAAAAACCUUUUAAAUCUCUUCGUAGCUUAAAGAUAGAUCUCGACUUGACAGCAGAGGGCGAUCUUAACAUAAUAAUGGCUUUGGCUGAGAAGAUUAAACCAGGUCUACACUCCUUUAUCUUUGGGAGGCCGUUCUACACUAGUGUACAAGAACGUGACAUGCUCAUGACAUUUUAAAGUCUUCCCUGCAUCUGAUAUUGCAGUCCUGCAGAGCACGAAAUCUGUCGUGGGACCCCCAAACUGGUGAUAAGCAUGUCGACUGAGGGUGAAGCAUCAGGACAGUAACAUUGAGGUGUGUCUCAAACAGUAAGGGUCUUGUUAAAAGGAAUUUCAGCUUAGCUAUAUAAGCAUGAUUUUAAUUAAUUGGUCUUGUCUGUGUGGGUUUUUUUAAUUGUAAGUGUUACCAGAGGUUCCUUGGCCAUAUUGGCUUAGUGGAUAAAUGUGGAUGUGUUUUGGUGUAUGAUAAAAGAAAGCAUUUUAAUUUUUUUUCCCCAGAAACUUCUUUCAGGUGUGUGUCAGAUUUUCCUUGUCCUGCUGUGUCAGUAUUUUCAGUGUUUCCACAGAAAACAGUGUAUAUGUCCUCACUAAUCAUGGAGGUUGCAAAAGAUGCAUAUGGGAAUUAGAGCAUAACUCAAGCAGCUUUGUGCAUGUAAGUGCCAACCAGGAUAGUCUUAUCAUAUUUCUGGACUGUCUUGCAGUGGAAUCAGUGAUCCUGGUCAGUGAUCGGCUAACACAAACCAGAAGACUCAUGUCAUUCCACAGCAGUUGUCAGUCCUUCUGUGUGUAAACUGCUGCUGGUAGUUGUGCUGUCAGUUUCCAUGAUGCUCACAGAAUCAUUAGAAAUGGAAAAGAUCUUCAAGAUCAUUGAGUCCAACCAUUAACCUGGAACUGCCAGCUCCACCUAUAAACCUCAUUCCUAAGUACCAAAUCACACAUUUUUUUAACUCUUCCAGGACAGUGAUUCCACUGCUUUCUGGGCAGAUUGUUCCAAUGCUUGACAAAAUAGUCAGGUGAAAGUAUUAGACUGUUCCGAAGAACAUCAAGGUGAUAGCCAAAGUAAAAGAUAAAACAAUAUUUUUUUUUUCAUUUAAGUCACCAUUAAUAUAUUUAGUAAUCUUUAAUUUAGAGAUGUGCACAGCUUUGAACUAAUGUGAUUAGCGAUUAGUGAUUAUAAUGUGAUUGUAGUAAGUUAACUCUAGUCAUGAAGCUUACCUAUGUUCUUAGUUCAGCUUAGCGUAUCUCCAACUUAGUUUAAAAAUCAAAACACAUUUUCUAUUGGUAUGUCUCAACCUUUCUUUCUCAGUAGCAUGUAGAGCAGUGCGGUGUCAGGUGACUCCAGACUUCUUUUUUUAAACCCAGAAAUCAGAGGUCGCUCUCUACUGCACGUUGUUGUAUCUCUUCUCUUUUUGGACAAAUAUAGGAAUUUCUUUGCGUCAUGUUUCAGCAAAAAGUCAUAACUCAAUAUUCAGUGGAAAAGGUGAAUUCAACUGAAAAGUUGCACUACUGGAGAAGCCAUGGCUGCUUUAUUGCUUACCUUUUUUUAUAGCUCUCCUUUGUAAAUAGGUUUCUGUUUAUAGCUUUUUAGCAUUACUUUCAUGCAGUGUGGCAGAAAAGUUAGAGGUUAGAUUCACAUUUUUCCUGAAAUGUCUAUUACUCAGAUUUUAAAAGAAAUACUGUCCCUUAUUUAGAUGCCCAAAAUUCCCUUACAUUUCCUAAAAGGCAAAGAUUCUCUAUCAAAUGUUUAGAGCCUCUAAAAGAUGUGAAAUUGAGCCCCAUCCUCACACCAUUUUUGUGAAUUUGCAUCAUCACUGUUACCAGGUUGCAAAAGAACUGACAUUUUGUGCAGCCAUCUUUUUGCUGUACAUGCAUGUAGUACUCUUGCAGUAAGCUUGGUGAUUCAUCAGGGGAACUUGUUAGAAUUACAUAAGUUACUUGUGCUGAGAUUCUGUUUGUCAUUCUGCCACAACUGUUCCCUUCUGUGUUUUCAAUCCAGAUAUUAGAGAUUGAAUGUGCUUAAGUUGUUACUCUCAUGGGUAAAUGUAAUAAAGUGUAAUAAACACUGCCAAAACUUCUAAUGUAGAAGUUGUGUCAAAAUAUAAGAGCUUUAAAUCUGCUGCUGAAAUUAAUCCUUUCAGCUUGAUAAGCAUUGGAAACUCAACACUGACACUACUAACAGUGAAGCUUUUGUUUACUGAAGAUUCUGUUACUUUUUGAAGUUAUUAAAAACUGGAAAUUAAAUUGCUACUUAUGUUGCACAGCUGUCACAAGUGCAGAAUGUAUAGUGAAGUACAUUGUUAAAUGCAUCUGCAUGUUGUGUUGUAAAUCUAGCCCAGGAAACAAAGUAAUAAAAUUCAUGCACAAUUUUUGGACUUUA